CUGGCCAUUUGUUGAAUUGUAAAUGACUUUCAAAUGUGCAAGUUCUGUUAAAUACAAGGAGAACCUCUAUGGGUAACUUUUGUAUUGAAGAAGUCAUUUGUCAACCAUGGUAAAACUUGCAAACCCACUUUAUACAGAGUGGAUUCUUGAAGCUAUACAGAAAAUAAAAAAGCAAAAGCAAAGGCCCUCUGAAGAGAGAAUCUGCCAUGCAGUCAGCACUUCCCAUGGGUUGGAUAAGAAGACAGUCUCUGAACAGCUGGAGCUCAGUGUUCAGGAUGGCUCAGUUCUCAAAGUCACCAACAAAGGCCUUGCCUCCUAUAAGGACCCAGACAACCCUGGGCGCUUUUCAUCAGUUAAACCAGGCACUUUUCCUAAGUCAGCCAAGGGGUCUAGAGGAUCAUGUAAUGAUCUCCGCAAUGUGGAUUGGAAUAAACUUCUGAGGAGAGCAAUUGAAGGACUUGAGGAGCCCAAUGGCUCCUCCCUGAAGAACAUAGAGAAGUAUCUCAGAAGUCAAAGUGAUCUCACAAGCACCACCACCAACCCAGCCUUUCAGCAGCGGCUGCGACUAGGGGCCAAACGUGCGGUGAACAAUGGGAGGUUACUGAAAGACGGACCGCAAUACAGGGUCAACUAUGGAGGCUUAGAUGGCAAAGGAGCUCCCAAAUACCCCAGUGCUUUCCCAUCGUCGCUUCCACCUGUCAGCCUUCUACCCCAUGAGAAAGACCAGCCCCGUGCCGAUCCUAUUCCAAUAUGCAGCUUCUGUCUGGGGACAAAAGAAUCAAAUCGUGAAAAGAAACCAGAAGAACUCCUCUCUUGUGCAGAUUGUGGCAGUAGUGGACACCCAUCCUGUUUGAAAUUUUGUCCUGAAUUAACAACAAACGUAAAGGCCUUAAGGUGGCAGUGCAUCGAAUGCAAGACAUGCAGUGCAUGUAGAAUCCAAGGCAAAAAUGCAGAUAAUAUGCUUUUCUGUGACUCCUGCGAUAGAGGAUUCCAUAUGGAGUGCUGUGAUCCCCCACUUUCCAGAAUGCCAAAAGGGAUGUGGAUUUGCCAAGUCUGCAGACCAAAGAAAAAGGGAAGAAAACUACUUCAUGAGAAAGCUGCACAAAUAAAACGACGAUAUGCAAAACCCAUUGGACGACCGAAAAAUAAAUUAAAGCAACGAUUGUUGUCUGUAACCAGUGAUGAAGGAUCCAUGAAUGCAUUCACAGGAAGGGGGUCACCUGGUAGGGGUCAAAAGACUAAAGUCUGUACCACACCUUCAUCUGGUCAUGCUGCAUCUGGGAAGGACUCAAGCAGCAGAUUGGCUGUUACAGACCCCACUCGGCCUGGUGCCACCACCAAAAUCACCACCACCUCCACCUACAUUUCUGCCUCUACACUUAAAGUUAACAAGAAAACCAAAGGGCUCAUUGAUGGCCUUACUAAGUUUUUUACACCAUCACCUGAUGGUCGCAGAUCACGAGGUGAAAUAAUAGACUUUUCAAAGCACUAUCGUCCAAGGAAAAAGGUCUCUCAGAAACAGUCAUGCACUUCUCAUGUGUUGGCUCCAGGUACCACACAAAAGCUAAAACCUCCACCUUCUUCACUCCCACCCGCAACCCCCAUCUCUGGUCAGAGCCCCAAUUCACAAAAGUCCAGCACUUCUGUUUCUUCUACCUCUCCCCAGAGUUCUUCCAGCCAGUCCAGUGUGCCCUCCUUUAGCAGUCUCACUAAUAACAGCCAGCUGAAGGCACUCUUUGAUGGGCUCUCUCAUUCUAUACCACUCAGGGACAGUCUCGCCAAAAGGGACCCAAGUUAUGCACCACCUAAACGUAUGCGUCGUAAAAUCGAAUUCCCUUCCACGGCAAAAUCGAAAGCCCAUUUCUUUGGAAAAAGAGAUAUUAGAAGUAGAUUUAUUUCUCACCCCUCCUCCUCUAGCUGGGGGAUGGCUAGAGGACGUAUUUUUAAAGCAAUUGCUCACUUCAAGCGAACAACUUUCCUUAAAAAGCACAGGAUGCUAGGCAGGUUAAAAUAUAAAGUGACCCCUCAGAUGGGGACCCCCUCACCAGGGAAGGGGAGCUUGACAGACGGAAGGAUUAAACCUGAUCAGGAUGAUGAUACAGAAAUCAAAAUAAGCAUCAAACAAGAAAGUACAGAUAUAAAUGUGAUUGGAAACAAGGAUACCGUUACUGAAGAGGAUUUGGAUGUUUUUAAGCAGGCCCAGGAACUGUCUUGGGAGAAAAUAGAGUGUGAAAGUGGAGUAGAAGACUGUGGCCGGUACCCUUCUGUAAUAGAAUUUGGGAAAUAUGAAAUCCAAACCUGGUACUCCUCGCCUUACCCACAGGAAUAUGCAAGAUUACCAAAGCUUUACCUGUGUGAAUUCUGUCUUAAAUAUAUGAAAAGUAAAAAUAUUUUGUUAAGACACUCAAGGAAAUGUGGAUGGUUUCAUCCUCCAGCAAAUGAAAUUUACCGAAGGAAAGACCUUUCAGUAUUUGAGGUUGAUGGGAAUAUGAGCAAAAUUUAUUGCCAAAACCUUUGCUUGUUAGCCAAGCUCUUCCUGGACCACAAAACGUUGUAUUAUGAUGUCGAGCCAUUCCUUUUUUAUGUCCUUACAAAAAAUGAUGAAAAGGGCUGUCAUCUGGUUGGAUACUUCUCUAAGGAAAAGCUUUGCCAGCAGAAGUAUAACGUCUCCUGCAUAAUGAUCAUGCCCCAGCACCAAAGGCAAGGAUUUGGACGGUUUCUCAUUGAUUUCAGCUAUUUGCUUUCUAGAAGAGAAGGCCAAGCAGGAUCUCCUGAAAAGCCACUCUCUGAUCUGGGCCGUCUCUCCUACCUGGCCUACUGGAAGAGUGUCAUCUUAGAAUAUCUCUACCACCACCAUGAGCGGCACAUCAGCAUCAAGGCCAUCAGCAGAGCUACGGGCAUGUGCCCACAUGACAUCGCCACCACUCUGCAGCACCUCCACAUGAUUGACAAGAGGGAUGGCAGAUUUGUCAUCAUUAGACGGGAAAAGUUGAUAUUGGGCCACAUGGAAAAGUUGAAAACCUGUUCCCGGACUAAUGAGCUUGAUCCAGAGAGUCUGAGGUGGACCCCAAUUUUAAUUUCUAAUGCUGCAGUUUCUGAAGAAGAACGAGAAGCUGAAAAAGAGGCUGAGCGGCUAAUGGAACAAGCUAGCUGCUGGGAAAAGGAGGAGCAAGAAAUCCUGUCAUCUAGAGCUAACAGUAGGCAAUCACCUGCAAAAGUACAAUCGAAAAAUAAAUAUUUGCAUUCCCCGGAGAGCCGGCCAGUGGCAGGGGAGCGAGGGCAGCUAAUGGAGCUGUCUAAAGAGAGCAGUGAAGAGGAAGAGGAAGAGGAGGAGGAGGAGGAGGAGGAGGAGGAGGAAGAGGAGGAAGAGGAGGAGGAAGAGGAAGAAGAAGAAGAAAAUAUUCAAAGCUCUCCUCCAAGGUUGACUAAACCACAGUCAGUUGCCAUAAAGAGAAAGAGGCCUUUUGUGCUAAAGAAGAAAAGGGGUCGUAAACGCAGAAGGAUCAACAGCAGUGUAACAACUGAGACCAUUUCAGAGACGACAGAAGUACUGAACGAGCCCUUUGACAACUCAGACGAAGAGAGGCCAAUGCCACAGCUGGAGCCUACCUGUGAGAUUGAAGUAGAGGAGGAUGGUGGGAAGCCAGUGCUGAGAAAAGCAUUCCAACAUCAGCCUGGGAAGAAAAGACAGACAGAGGAAGAGGAAGGAAAAGACAAUCAUUGCUUUAAGAAUGCUGACCCUUGUAGAAACAAUAUGGAUGAUGAUGCAAAUAACUUGAAAGAAGCCAGUAGAGACAAUCCUGAACCUCUAAAGUGCAAACAGUGGCCAAAAGGAACAAAGCGUGGUCUAUCUAAGUGGAGACCAAACAAAGAGAGGAAGACUGGAUUUAAACUGAACUUGUACACCCCGCCAGAAACACCCAUGGAGCCCGAUGACCAGGUAACAGUGGAAGAACAGAAGGAGCCUCCAGCAGACAAAACCAGCCCCGCUCCCACCAGGACUGAGGAGGAGGUCAAGGAAGCCGUGGAACCCCUGCUGCCUGGGGACGAAAACAGAAGGGAGGAAGCGUGUGCACCUGUAAGUCCAAAUAAAUCGCCAGGUGAAAAACCUGAAGACGAUCUAAUCAAACCCGAGGAGGAAGAGGAGGAGGAGGAGGAGGAGGAGGAAGAGGAGGAGGAAGAAGAAGGAAAUGUAGAAAAAGACCCCUGUGGUGCCAAAAGUCAGGAAAGAGAGGAGCCAGAAGUCUGCACGGACAAAGAAGACCCUGUGCGUUUGGAUGAUCAUGAAGAGGAGGAGGAAGAGGAUGAAGAGCCAUCUCACAAUGAGGGGCAUGAUGCAGACGAUGAAGAUGACAGUCACAUGGAGUCUGCUGAAUCAGAGAAGGAAGAACGCCCAAGAGAAGCCUUCAAAGAAGUACUGGAAAACCAGGAGGCUUUUUUAGACCUUAGUGUGCAGCCUAAUCAUUCAAACCCAGAGGUCCUAAUGGACUGUGGCGUUGACCUUACAGCUUCGUGUAACAGUGAACCUAAGGAGCUUGCUGGAGCCACUGAAACUGCCCCUGAAUCUGAUGAGGAACCCACAGGAGAAGAGGCACAGGAGCAGGACCAAAAGAACAGUGAAGAAGUAGAUUCUGAGUUCAAAGAGGGAAACACAGCAACCUUGGAAAUCGACUCUGAGACCGUCCAAGCGGUUCAGUCCUUGACCCAGGAGAACAGUGAACAGGACGAUACCUUUCAGGAUUGUGCCGAGACUCAAGAGGCCUGUAGAAGCCUACAGAACUACACCCACACAGACCAAAGCCCACAGAUCGCCGCCGCUCUAGACGACUGCCAGCAGUCAGACCACAGCAGCCCAGUUUCAUCCGUCCAUUCCCACCCCAGCCAGUCAGUACGUUCUGUCAACAGCCCAAGUGUCCCUGCCCUGGAAAACAGCUAUGCCCAAAUCAGCCCAGAUCAAAAUGCCAUCUCAGUGCCAUCUUUGCAGAACAUGGAAACCAGUCCAAUGAUGGAUGUCCCAUCCGUUUCAGAUCACUCACAGCAAGUCGUAGACAGCGGAUUUAGUGACCUGGGCAGUAUCGAGAGUACAACUGAGAACUACGAGAACCCCAGCAGCUAUGAUUCCACGAUGGGUGGUGGCAGCAUUUGUGGAAACGGCUCUUCACAGAACAGCUGCUCCUAUAGCAACCUCACCUCCAGCAGUCUGACACAGAGCAGCUGCGCUGUCACCCAGCAGAUGUCCAACAUCAGUGGGAGCUGCAGCAUGCUGCCGCAGACCAGCAUCAGCUCUCCCCCGACCUGCAGCGUCAAGUCUCCUCAAGGCUGCGUGGUGGACAGGCCCCCGAGCAGCAGCCAGCAGCUGGCUCAGUGUAGCAUGGCAGCUAACUUCACGCCGCCCAUGCAGCUGGCUGAGAUCCCCGAGACCGGCAGUGCCAGCCUUGGCUUAUAUGAACGGAUGGGUCAGAGUGAUUUUGGGGCUGGGCAUUACCCACAGCCGUCAGCCACCUUCAGCCUUGCCAAACUACAGCAGUUAACUAAUACACUUAUUGAUCAUUCAUUGCCUUACAGCCAUUCCGCUGCUGUAACUUCCUAUGCAAACAGUGCCUCUUUGUCCACACCAUUAAGUAACACAGGGCUUGUUCAGCUUUCUCAGUCUCCACACUCCGUCCCUGGGGGACCCCAAGCACAAGCUACCAUGACCCCACCCCCCAACCUGACUCCUCCUCCGAUGAAUCUGCCACCGCCUCUUUUGCAACGGAACAUGGCGGCAUCAAAUAUUGGCAUCUCCCACAGCCAAAGACUGCAAACCCAGAUUGCCAGCAAGGGCCACGUCUCCAUGAGAACCAAAUCGGCAUCUCUGUCACCAGCCGCCGCCACCCACCAGUCGCAAAUCUAUGGGCGCUCCCAGACUGUAGCCAUGCAGGGUCCUGCACGGACUUUAACGAUGCAAAGAGGCAUGAACAUGAGUGUGAACUUGAUGCCAUCCCCAGCCUACAAUGUCAACUCUGUGAACAUGAACAUGAACACUCUCAAUGCCAUGAAUGGGUACAGCAUGUCCCAGCCGAUGAUGAACAGUGGCUACCACAGCAAUCAUGGCUACAUGAAUCAAACACCCCAAUACCCUAUGCAGAUGCAGAUGGGCAUGAUGGGAACCCAGCCAUAUGCCCAGCAGCCAAUGCAGACCCCGCCCCACAGUAACAUGAUGUACACGGCCCCCGGGCAUCACGGCUACAUGAACCCGGGCAUGUCCAAACAGUCUCUCAAUGGGUCCUACAUGAGAAGGUAGGCAAAAUGGGCAGUCACAAAACCCCUGGGCAUCACCCUCGGAUUGAUCUGCACAAAUACCUUUGAAGAGUACGAUUUCAAAACCAGCAAUUGGUGUGAAUGCAAAAACAUUUGUUGGCACCAUUUAUUUAAAAAAAAAAAAAAAAAAAAAGCUGUAUGCAGCAGAAAGCCUUAUACAAGUUGUUUUUCUUUCUUCUUUUUUCUUUUUUUUUUUUCCUUUUUCUUUUUUGGUACCUUCGUUUCUGUUACUUUUAUAUGAAAUUCUCUGCAAAGGAAGGCCUCUCUUUGGACUACAGUUUGGAGGCAGCCACUUGCUGUGCCUGCUUCCAUUAAACAAUGUGGAUAUCAAGCCCCGUGCCCCAGCCCACCCCCAAUUAUCUGUUUUAAUACUGAACCUAGAGUUUUUUUUUUCUUCCCCGUCUACUCCAUGUAAAUGCCUUUAGCAUUUCAGUUAUUGUAUAUUUUGUUUGAGGUGACACUUCAGCAUGCCGCUAAUGUCUUUGUUAGUGACAGUGCAUUUUGUAGUACUGUACAAGUGUUGUGCUAACGGUAAGCCAUUUCUUAAGUUUUUUGCCUUGAUUAGGGUGCCCUAAUUUGAGGGUUUAAAAAAAACUAUAUUUUUGUUAAUUAUAAAACUGUAA